CGAGGUUAUUGACCGGGCAGUAGCUUGUCGAUAAUUUGAUUGGUUGGAUAAUUACCAGAAGUGGGUGAUAUGGCAGCAAAUGGGAAUGCAUCAAGGGGGUCUAUAUGUACAAUUAACGUGAAUACUUUCAGUAGACGACUGCAAGUCCUUUACACAAACUGGCGUCUCCACAAAGACGAGUUGUGGGGUUCUGCCGAUGCGCUCGUUGUGGCCACGCCACCGCCUUCGAACGAUUUGCGCUACCUCAAGUCUUCGGCUCUGAAUAUAUGGCUGCUUGGUUACGAGUUUCCAGAGACAAUUAUUGUUUUCACGGACAAACAUAUCCAUUUUAUGUGCCGGCCGAAAAAGGCAUCGUUGAUCGAGGUUGUGAAGAAGUCUGCUAAAGAGACCGUUGGUGUUGAUGUUGUCGUGCAUGUGAUGGCAAAAAACGACAGUGGAAGUAGUCAAAUGGAUUCCCUUCUCGAUUCUAUUCGUUCGGUGUCAAAUUCAGUCGGAUAUAUUGCUAGAGAAGCCCCGGAAGGGGAACUGUUGGAGAUGUGGGCUGAUAAAUUGAAAGGUUCGGGCCUGCUAUUGAGUGAUAUGACGAAUGGAUUGUCCGAUCUUUUUGCCGUUAAGGACAAAAACGAGAUUACGUGUGUAAAGAAAGCGUCGUACUUGACUGCUUGUGCAAUGAAGAACUUUGUGGUUCCGAAAGUUGAAAAGGUGAUUGAUGAGGAGAGGAAAGUCACACAUGCUUUGCUGAUGAACGACACGGAGAAAGCUAUAUUGGACCCUGUGAAGAUUGGUUUUAACCUAAAGAGUUUUAACCCGAAGGCUGAUACCGUGGAUAUCUGUUACCCUCCGAUUUUUCAGAGUGGGGGGAAAUUCGAUUUGAGACCGACUGCUUCGAGCGAUGACGAGUUUUUGUACUACGACUCUUCCAGUGUCAUCAUUUGUGCAAUCGGCUCGAGUUAUAACAGCUAUUGUUCUAACAUAGCAAGAACAUAUCUUAUUGACUCGAAUGUCGUGCAGAGUAAGGCUUAUGAAGUUCUUCUUAAGGCUCACGAGACAGCUAUUCUCGCAUUGAAGCCUGGAAGGAAUAUGAGUGUUGUUUAUGAGGCAGCUCUUGCUGUAGUGAAGAGAGAUGCUCCUGAGCUAGUUCCGAACCUGACGAAAUCUGCUGGGACAGGCAUCGGUUUGGAGUUUCGUGAAUCAGGGUUGGGUCUUAAUGCAAAGAACGAACGAUUGAUUAAAGCGGGAAUGGUUUUCAAUGUAUCACUUGGUUUCCAAAACCUACAAGCAAAUACGAGCAAUCCAAAGAGUCGGACUUUUUCGAUGCUGCUUGCCGAUACAAUUAUUGUGACGGAUAAUGGUAGUGAUGUUGCCACCUCAGCUAGCUCAAAAGCUAUGAAAGAUGUUGCCUACUCGUUCAGUGAAGAUGAAGAAGAGGUGAAAGUGAAACACGAGCCUACAGAAAAAGACGUUGUAUUUGCCAAAGCAACGCUUCGAUCAGACAAUGGGGAGAUGACGAAGGAAGUACUCCGUAAGCAGCAUCAGGCCGAACUCGCCCGCCAAAAGAAUGAGGAAACCGCUCGACGCCUAGCUGGCGCUGGAUCUAGUAAUGGAGAUGGAAGAGCCGCUGCAAAGACGGCAAACGAUCUAGUUUCGUAUAAAAGUGUGAACGAACUUCCUCCGCCCAGGGGAAUGACGAUUCAGAUUGACCAAAAGCACGACGCGAUUCUAGUACCUGUUUACGGGAUUAUGGUUCCUUUCCAUGUUGCUACUGUGAAGACCGUUACCAGCCAGCAAGAAACGAAUCGAAACUGUUGCAUACGAAUCGUCUUCAAUGUGCCGGGCACACCCUUCACUCCUCACGAUGCGAAUUCUUUAAAGAAUCAGAGUGCUAUUUACUUGAAGGAGGUUUCGUUUCGUUCAAAGGAUUCGAGGCACAUAAGCGAAGUGGUGGGGCUGAUUAAAACCCUCCGGCGUAAUGUCAUGGCUAGGGAGUCUGAAAGGGCUGAGAGGGCUACUCUUGUCGGUCAGGAGAAACUCGUGCUUUCCGGUAACAAGUUUAAGCCGAUAAAAUUGCAUGAUCUGUGGAUACGCCCCACUUUUGGAGGGCGUGCGAGAAAGUUAAUGGGUUCGCUCGAAGCACAUACGAACGGUUUACGGUACUCCACUACAAGAAAUGACGAGCGUGUGGAUAUUAUGUACGCGAACAUAAAACAUGCCUUUUUCCAGCCAGCGGAGAAGGAGAUGAUUACGCUCCUUCACUUUCACUUACACAAUCACAUUAUGGUUGGAACAAAGAAAACUAAAGAUGUGCAGUUCUAUGUUGAAGUAAUGGAGAUGGUCCAAACAAUCGGAGGUGGAAAAAGAUCCGCUUACGACCCGGAUGAGAUCGAGGAGGAACAGAGGGAGAGAGAUCGAAAGAACAAAAUAAACAUGGAUUUUCAGAAUUUCGUUAACCGUGUGCACGAUCUGUGGGGUCAGCCCCAGUUUCGAGACCUUGAUUUAGAGUUUGACCAGCCUUUACGAGAGCUCGGUUUCUACGGUGUUCCGUACAAGUCAUCGUCUUUCAUAGUCCCAACUUCGAGCUGUUUGGUUGAGUUUGUAGAGACUCCUUUCGUCGUGAUAACACUGAGCGAGAUUGAGAUUGUCAAUCUCGAGAGAGUUGGUCUUGCGCAGAAGAAUUUCGACUUGGCCAUUGUUUUUAAAGACUUCAAGCGCGAUGUAAUGAGGAUUGAUUCAAUCCCGUCUUCUUCGAUUGACGGGAUUAAAGAAUGGCUAGAUACAACAGACAUUAAGUACUACGAGAGCAGGUUGAAUCUGAACUGGCGCCCGAUUUUGAAGACCAUAAUGGAUGAUCCGAAGAAGUUUAUCGAUGAUGGCGGAUGGAAUUUUUUGAACUUGGAAGGUACGGAUUCGGAUUCGGAUAAUUCGGGUGAGUCUGAUUUGGGUUAUGAGCCGUCUGAUGUGGAGCCUGAUUCCGCAUCGGAAGAUGAUGAUUCGGAUAGUGAGUCUUUGGUUGAAUCGGAAGAUGAUUCGGAGGAAGAGUCGGAGGAAGAGAAGGGGAAGACUUGGGAGGAGCUUGAGAGAGAAGCUAGCAAUGCCGAUAGAGAGCAUGGGGCGGAGUCGGAUAGUGAGGAUGAGAGGAGGAGGAGGAGGAAGAUUAAGGCGAUGGGAAAAUCGAGGGGCGGCGGCGGCGGCGGCUCUAGUGGUGGUGCCGCCGCAAAGAGGACGAGGUUCAGAUAGAUUAUUAAAGAAGACUAAUGUUUUAGUUGUUUUAGAUUUUGAAUUUAUUAUGCCGAACAUUUUAGAUUUUGAAAAUAUUUAUCACCUACUG